AUGUCGGGCUCAACCGCAACCGCCUCCACCCAUGACAGCCCCAGGUCCGCCAUCUUGAGGAGAAAAGCUUCCUCCAUUGGCAGGCCUGCCCGCUCCGAAUCUUCCGUCGCAAAAGCCCCGGUGCCCACUAAGGCCCAGGACCCUUACGCGGACACCGUUCUUGGCAUUGCAGUCCCUGCACUCGUGCCCACCAUGGACCCAAUUGAUGAGGAGAGGCGUUCAAUGCUUGCGCCGCCCAUCGGCCAUGACUUACCUCCUCAGCUAAAAACCGAUGACUUGCCACCCCCCACUCCGGCUUAUGCACUUUCGGCGAGCCCGUCUACGCGAUACUCCGAGUCGCCGGGCCGAUUCAGUCACACAUCCUCGCCUACAUCCAUGUCUUCUCACUCUCCUGGCGUGGUUUUUCCGUCGAAGCUUGGGCCACGCCAAAGACAGGCCAGCCCCACAAGGAGCAGGCCGCCUGUAACGAGGCGCAAGACAGACGACAACGGAUCCACAAAUGAUCUCCAUGGCCUUGCUUCGCUCCACGAAUCCACAGCCUCGUCUUCCUCAUCCUCGACAGUCCUAGCACCUGCGAGCGACAGGAGACAGCUGAUGGCAAACCCUGAGAGGUCAUUGGCGCUGAAGUCGCCUCUGAAACGGGAGGUUUCUCCUAGCGCUAAUAAGGCAAUGUCCCCUCCGGAGCGCUCCUCCCAAAUUACCGUCCAGACCAGGAUUUCUGUCCAGUCAAUUAGAGAUGCACCCGUCUAUCCCCCGCCCGAGCUGGCCCAUCUUGCAGAGACGAAGCCGCCACAGAAGCCUGUUGCACAGAAGCCAUUGAGACCGAGUCGUGAAGGAACCCCAGAUCUGUCUGGUCUGCAAGGGGGCCCGUCGCCUGUCGUGCAAAGCAACCUCACCAAGUUGCCUGUUCGGCACAGGCGUCAGGCUUCUUCUGGAUCCACCAGAUCUCCGCUAAGCGCCGAUGCCUCCCGAAGGCCUUCAUUCAGUGCCUCUCCGAACCCAAGCGUCGGAUCGACCUUUUCGCCCGUGUCAACUCACAUCUCGACAACCAGAGGAACGACGCCCGAUCAGCAAGCCGAAAGCGAAAAGAACAGCUCUUCCGUUCCUCCCAGCCCCAACAAAGGCACUUCUAGAUUUGGAUUCUUCUCGAAGCGAACCAAGUCUGAAGGAGCGCCCGUCCCGCCCCGCAAAGAGAAGAAGCUGGUCCGUAAGGGACCGAUGGCAGGUACUGGACAUGAGGGAUAUGGGAAGUAUGGCAUAGGUCGUGGUCGAAGCACAAGUGCUACCAGCGUUACGUCCAGCUACGGUCGGUCCAACAGCCAGGACAGCGUUGCCAGCAACGGUGCGGUGCGACCAUCCGCAAGCAGGAAGAGUAGUUUGAAGAGUGAACCAGAGAUGGAUGGCUUUCUCAGGGACCGUCUUAAUCCGAAGAUAUUGCGUGGUGAAGGCAGUGCGCCCUCAAGCGUGGGUGCUAACUCGGAAGGGGAUCGUAGCGCCAGCAGCUUGGAUUCAACGAAGGAACGCCCUGGCGCAGCCUCUCGCAACAACUCUGCCGUAUCUGUGUCACACUCAGGACGCCCAAGCGCCGAAAGCACCAAGCCCACGCUAUUGCCCUCCGCAUUGGCCGAUCCUGGUCGUGGAACGUCGCCAUUCAGGGUCGGAGGUUUGCCAGGCACAAUCCGCCGUCCAAGCAGUAGCGAUUCCAGUUUGUCCGUCAAUUUGUUUCCCUCCUCGUCCCAGUAUGGCAAUGCGUCUACCCAUUUCCAUGACCAGGCAUCGACUGCGACUCCAACCAAUGGUGGUGUAAGACAGGAGAACAAACUGAGAAAGAAGAAGGAGCCAGAGACCAAGCCGGCCCGUCGGUGGAACUUCUUCCAGCGAGCUCAAUCGGCACCGAAACACGAGCCCAAGCCGCAAACGCCACCGGUCCAGCAGCCAGUCCCUGCGCCUAUUUCUGGCCCAGUUCCCUCCAGGGCGGUUGCACAUUACGCGAUAGAUGACGAGCAAGAAGUCGAUCUGGAGUACCUCGAAAGGCUGAUGGAAGAGGCGGAGAGGCUCGGUUACGAGUCUUCGGGCUCUCGACCCCCGUCGCUCCACCGUGGCAGCAGCUUGUCCAGGAGGCACGGAAACUCGAUCCUUCUUCCAUCUCCUCCAGUAAUCAGUCGGCCCUUUGCUGAAAUUCCGAGGCCUGCAUCACCGAAAGUAUUCCUGCGCAACGCCAGCCUUUCUGAACCCGAAGAAACUCGCUCAGCACCAGUCGCUGCUCCGGUCGAGAUCCAAACGACACAAGCUGCUACCCCUAUUCCAGUUCCGCCUGCUCGCGAGGCUGAGCUUGAGCAAAAAGUCGAACCUGAAGCAAACCGUCCACCCCGUCCUAGUCGUCUACAGCAGGUCGGACGCAUUCCGCAGGUCAUCUCAACAAGAGACCGCAGGCGAAACUUGUCCAUCAACUCCUUCUCACGACCAUUUGUUCCUGCCCUGCCGUCGCCUGCCGUCGCAACCCACUCAGAGAAGAUGUCGGAGGAUGUGCCGCUUGAAUCCGGGCAACCUAAACAACAAGAGCCUCCCACUACUGAGACUGUUUCGCCACAGUUCACCCAGGAUGCCAUGCCACAGCCCCUGUUCGCGGGUUCGGUUACCACGCCAGAAGAGAAUACCCAGGCUGCUCCUGAGUUUUUCGCCUUCCCGCCCCGUAAAUUCUCCGAACUUUCUUAUACGAGUAGCUCUGGAAACUCUAGCUUCCCGCCUUCGACCGCCGUCAUUCCCGCUCCCGGCGCCCCGCUGCUGGAAGACGAGGUGUGGUACGAAUAUGACGAUCUGAUCGACGAGGUCCUUUCGUCUCCGGAGUCCCACGCGAAUCGACAGAAGGAUCGUCCCGUUAGACGUCGAUCGCGGGCUAGUGCAGCUCUGCAGGAGCAACGGCCCCUCCAGCUCGGAGAUGCAGGUGAUCGAACCACUGUCUUUGAAGAGGAUAUCUCACCCCGCACUUCCGUGCAGGCCCGAAACUCUACUGCAGCGUCCGUGCACCUGCGCCGCUCGCGUCUCCUUGCCGCAUUUCAGUCAUUAGCGACGCCUUCCUCCGCAGGGACCACUUCCGACUUUCCCUCUGAUGAAACUGUUCGGGACCUCAGCCUGGUUGAUCCGCACACGGGCAGACUAAGCCUUCCGUCCAUGCGCUUGAGUCUGAACUCAGUCCAGCAAGAAGAACCUGCAGAGUCUGUUCUCUUGGACUCGCAGGAGCAAGAGCAGGAGACCCAAUUUCAACAGGACAAGACACAGCAAGCUCAGGCGGAGCCCGUGAAGCGCGUUCACUUCCGCGAUUCCCGGCUGAUUGAAGUAGCGGAGAACAACAGGGAAGGAGUGAUGUCGAUGGCAGAACUCAGGCACGGUGCUUUGAUGGUCAGCAAGUGGCUGUCGUUUGGGAGAGUGUUGUUCAGCCCGGCCCAUUUCGAGCUCAAGAACAGCGUCGAAGACCGCGUCCUGGUUCUGGACGGCCUAGGUCAGGACUGGUCUUACUACUGCGCUCUUACCUAUCCCAAAGCCCAAGUGUACUACAUCAGCCCCACGCCUACCAACUCCUCGCCGCAGUCUGGUCCUGUCUCUCCUGCGCCAAAUUAUCGCCAAAUCCAUCAUCCCGACCUCCUUGCUCCUUUCCCGUUCCCGAAGGGGUUCUUCGCUGCUGUCGUCUUCCGCUUCCCGACUGCUGCUCCCGAGCAUGUGUACCGCUCUGCGAUCUCAGAGUGCAAGCGUGUGCUUCGCCCUGGCGGUCACCUCGAAGUGAGCGUUCUGGAUCUGGACCUUGUCAACAUGGGCAAUAGGGCGAGAAGAGCUGUUAGGGACUUGAAGAUGCGCAUGCAGAGCACUGACUCUGAGGUUUGUCUCAUGAACGCCAGCGACGCCUUUCAGCGCUUGAUUGGACGCCGCGGAUUCGAAAAUUUGAGUCGUUGCAUCGUCGGAGUGCCAACGGCGGGCAAGAUGCCUAAGAGCGUCGACAUGACAAAUUCUGCCGGCAGCGGCCACGCUUCCACGAACGGCAUGCCAACCCAGGCUCGGUUUGGCGACUCUACCAACAUGUCGGGUCAGGCGAGCUCUCCGGAUGACGACAUCGCGAAGAUGGUUGCGCGCGUUGGCCGCUGGUGGUACUCAAGGUGCUACGAGAGCAUGCUCCUGCAAUCCGAUAGUGACCCGAGCCAGAACAUCUGGUCGGAUGAGACACUGCUGCACGAGUGCGAGAAACGGCAGACGAGCUUCCGAUUGCUCAUCUGCUACGCACAGAAGCCGACCGUUACGAGGAGAAGGACCGUCAGUGUUUGA